AUGGCUCGCCCGGGGGCCGCCGCGGUGGCGCUCGCCGUCGCGCUCCUGGAGGUGGCACUAGCUGGGGUUGGGGCCCAGGGCGCAGACCUCCAGGACCCCGACUACUACGUGCAGGAGAUCUGGAGCCAGGAGCCCUACUACGCGCGCCCGGAGCCCGAGCCCCAGCCCUUCUCGCCGCCGCUGCCCGCGGGAGCGGGGGAGGAGGUGCGGGGACCGCGCACGCCAGAGCCCAGGCCGCCCAAGAAGGCGACCAAGCCCAGGAAAGCGCCCAAGAGGGAGAAGCUGGCUUCAGAGGCACCUCCUCCAGGUAAAAAUAGCAACAGAAAAGGCGUGAGAACCAAGAGCUCAGAGAAGCCUGCCAGUGGUGAUCACAGCGUCCCCGUGGCCCGUGGUGAUGUCAGCGAGGACUGCCCGCCUCUGGGUCUGGAGACCUUGAAGAUCACGGACUUCCAGCUGCACGCGUCCACGGUGAAGCGCUACGGCCUGGGGGCGCACCGAGGGCGGCUCAACAUCCAGGCAGGCGUCAACGAGAAUGACUUCUACGACGGGGCGUGGUGCGCGGGGAGAAACGACCUCCAUCAGUGGAUCGAAGUGGACGCCAGACGUCUGACCCGGUUCACGGGGGUCAUCACCCAGGGGAGGAACUCGCUCUGGCUGAGUGACUGGGUGACCUCCUACAAGGUCAUGGUGAGCAAUGACAGCCAUACGUGGGUCACUGUGAGGAAUGGAUCUGGGGACAUGAUAUUUGAAGGGAACAGUGAGAAGGAGAUCCCCGUGCUCAACGAGCUGCCCGCGCCCAUGGUGGCCCGCUACCUCCGCGUAAACCCGCAGUCCUGGUUCGGCAACGGGAGCAUCUGCCUGCGGAUGGAGGUCCUUGGCUGCCCGCUGCCAGAUCCAAACAACUACUACCACCGGCGGAAUGAGAUGACCACCACCGACGACCUGGACUUCCAGCACCACAACUAUAAGGAAAUGCGCCAGCUGAUGAAGGUUGUGCAUGAAAUGUGUCCCAACAUCACCAGAAUCUACAACAUCGGCAAGAGCCACCAGGGCCUGAAGCUGUACGCCGUGGAGAUCUCCGACCACCCCGGGGAGCACGAAGUCGGUGAGCCCGAGUUCCACUACAUCGCGGGCGCCCACGGCAACGAGGUGCUGGGCCGCGAGCUGCUGCUGCUGCUCACGCAGUUCCUGUGCCAGGAGUACCUGGCAGGCAACGCGCGCAUCGUCCGCCUGGUGGAGGAGACCCGCAUCCACAUCGUCCCCUCCCUCAACCCCGACGGCUACGAGAAGGCCUACGAAGGGGGCUCGGAGCUGGGAGGCUGGUCCCUGGGACGUUGGACCCACGACGGGAUCGACUUCAACAACAACUUCCCCGACUUGAACACGCUGCUCUGGGAGGCUGAGGACCGACAGAACGUCCCAAGGAAAGUGCCCAACCACUACAUCGCCAUCCCCGAGUGGUUCCUGUCGGAGAAUGCCACGGUGGCGGUGGAGACCAGGGCCGUCAUAGCCUGGAUGGAGAAGAUCCCCUUCGUGCUGGGCGGCAACCUGCAGGGGGGCGAGCUGGUGGUGGCGUACCCCUACGACAUGGUGCGCACCCUGUGGAAGACGCAGGAGCGCACCCCCACCCCGGACGACCACGUGUUCCGCUGGCUGGCCUACUCCUACGCCUCCACGCACCGCCUCAUGACCGACGCCAGGAGGAGGGUGUGCCACACGGAAGACUUCCAGAAGGAGGACGGGACUGUCAACGGGGCUUCCUGGCACACUGUGGCCGGAAGUCUCAACGACUUCAGCUACCUUCACACCAACUGCUUCGAGCUGUCCAUCUACGUGGGCUGCGACAAGUUCCCGCACGAGAGCGAGCUGCCCGAGGAGUGGGAGAACAACCGCGAGUCCUUGAUCGUGUUCAUGGAGCAGGUGCAUCGUGGCAUCAAAGGCGUGGUGAGCGACGUGCACGGGAGAGGGAUUCCGGACGCCGUCAUCUCCGUGGAAGGCGUGGACCACGACCUCCGAACAGCCAGCGACGGAGAUUACUGGCGCCUCCUGAACCCCGGAGAGUAUGUGGUCACAGCCAGGGCAGAAGGCUUCACCUCGUCCACCAAGAACUGCAUGGUCGGCUACGACAUGGGCGCCACGAAGUGUGACUUCACCCUCAGCAAGACCAACCUGGCCCGGAUCCGGGAGAUCAUGCAGAAGCUCGGGAAGCAGCCCGUCAGCCUGCCGGCCCGGCCGCUAAGGCUGCGGGGGCGGAAGAGACGGCAGCGCGGGUGACCUCCUGGCCCCUGAGCCCGGCCCCAGACCCCGCGGAUGAAACCUCCCUCGGCGCCCCGUCGUCCGCUCUGUGAUUCAGGGGGGCCUGGGGGCGGUCUGAAGGCUUAGGGUCUCUUCUUUCUUUUGUUCCCGAGUGUCCAGAGACCGUGGGCAGAGCAGCGGAGAAAGGCCGGGGGUGUGAGUGCAUUCUGCAGAUGGGCUGAGUCCCAGAGAGGAGCCUGCCCGGAGCUACGUGGGGGGAGGGGGGGCUCCCCUGUUCGCGUGCCAGCAAGGUCCCUGUGCAUUUCCAAUGUGCACAGCUGAGCCGCUGCAUUCCUGGUGCCCUGCUGUCCCCAGUGUCAGCCCCCACCCUCUCUGGCCCCAGGACAUUCCAAGCUGCUGCAGAUCAGUUCUACAGUUGACAGUAGAGACAUCACCAAGUGAGCAUCAGGCAGCCUCGUGAGUCAGUUCAGUUUCCCUUUAACAAAGGGACGAGCUCAUCAGAGCGGGGAAAGGCUGAAAUAAUUCCAGAGGGACGGUUGGGCAGCUGGCAUGCCCGGGGGCUGGUUGCAUGCAUACUGAGUUUAUGUAGAACCCCCAAAUUUCCUGCUGCCCCGUAGCCAUGGGGGCUCCCUGGGUGGUGACAUCCGAAGGUGCCAGCUGCCUAGGGAACCACAUCUCGUUUAGUCCAGCUCCUCUGGGAGCUGCUAGGACUUGGAAAGAGACAACAGGCCGACCUGCAACCCUCCCUCUGCUCCAGACACCCGUCCUUGCCUGGCGGUGGGCACGCCUGCACCGCCCGGCACGGCAGUUACUUUGAUGUGUGCAAUACCAGGCCUCCCAGACGGCUCCAAAGGUGAUGAACGCUCCUAGAAUUGUCUGUGGGGCGUCCGUUCAGGAGGGGUUACUAAAUUACCGUGCAAGACGAUGUCUCACUGUUCCUGUUGCUGCCUCACUGACCCGGGAAGAAUGAGA